AUGGAUGAAGCAAGUACAAAAACCCAAAUCAAAGAAUCAUUCAGUAAAGACACUCAGCUCCAUACUGCUAUAAAGGAAACACGUCAUGAUUUACUGCAGAUGUUGUUUUUUAAGGGUCCUGCUUCAGACGUUAAUUCUCGAAACAGAUGGGGUCAGACACCACUUCACUACGCAGCUGUGAAAACAUUUAUACUCGAAAAUCUGCUAGCGGUACCAAACUGUGAUCCCCGAAUCCAGGAUAUAAAUGGUUACAACGUUCUGCAUUGUUACAUUUAUAACAUAUUGACGCAUGAUGACUGGAGAAGAGUGAUCAAAAUUUUACUUAGUUUUGACAUCGAUAUCAACAAGAAGACCAAAUGUGGCAACACAAUUCUGCAUCUCGCAUGCAAGUACGGCACCCCACCGAGUGUCCUAAGGUAUUUGCUGGAGACUUUUCCUCAUGUUGAUAAGCUGAUAGUCAACGAUGACUGUGAAAACUUUCUGCACACAUUAGUGCAAAGUCUCAAUCGUGGCAACUCUAUAUCGGAUGACUUAAAAGAGAAAUUUGCUCUCCUUGAUGAUAUUAUAAGCCAAAAGAUUUCACUCGUGUCCUCGAAUGUCUUGAAAACAUCAUUGCAACAACAAGAUAUUAAUGGUGCUACACCGUUUCUUCUUCUCCUCAGCCAUUUUGGUAAAUACCGAAGAGUAAACGCCUUAGAUGUAUUAAAGAAAAUGUCGAGUUUGUCAGACUGUUCAACAACACCAGAUAAUUUGAGCAAUUAUCCCAUUCAUAUUGCUUAUGCCUGUUCACAAAAAGCAACUCCUUUUGACCUUUUGAAAACGCUUGUGAAAUUAGGUAACAGUGCAGAUUCCAAAAAUAUUUUUCAGCAAUCGGUUGCGCAUUUAAUGAGGAUGGAAGAGGGAACUGUUUUGACAUCAGAUGAAAAAAUCAAAUCUCUGCUCAAUCUAGAAAAAGCUGCAAAAGUUGACUUCAACUGCCGAGAUAGAUGGUUGUCUACUCCGCUGAUGUAUAUUAGUGCUUGGUGUGACUCCGACUGCUUUUAUACUUUGAAUGAACUUUCAGAUAAUUUUUCUGUCAUUGACGCUAGAGAUGAAAAUGGUGCAACUGCUCUUCAUUAUGCAGCGUGUCAUGAUGCAGCGGAAUUUGCCAUGUUGCUGAUUGAAAAAGGUGCGAAAACAGAUAUCAAAGACAAGAUGGGAGAUACACCUUUAGAUACAGCAAGAAGAAAUUAUAGUUCUAGAACAGAAGAAUUAAUUUUGAAAAGUACAGGAUCAGAGAGGAUGUAUAACAAUCAAGGGUUUCUCCUAAAUCUUGAAAGAAUUCGACACAUGAAACCCAUUCAAUGGAAUGAAACAGAUGAAUUUGUUGAUCAGCUUCUUCAGCAUAUGUACAGGCAGGUAUCGGAUGAAGAUAACUCAAUCAUUUCUACAAUUCGAUACUUUGUUGGUGUGCUCUGCAGUAAGGUUGAAGAAUAUGACCCACGAUUUCGAAUGUCAGUGCUGCAAUCUGGCAGUUCGUCCGAGGGAACGAAAGCAGGUGCGCCAGAUGAAUUUGAUUUCCUCCUUUGUUUAGAUGCCUUUAGUGAAAUCACCGAGAUUUUCCAGAGGACAAGCAGAGAAAAUAAUCGAAAUAUCUUUCUGAAACUAAAAGACCCUGAACGAUGCGAAUUUCUUGAGUAUUUUGACGGAAAUGGUACAUUUACAACUCCAACUGCUUUCACGCAUUUAAAUAGGUACCUUCGGCGGGCUGUUCAUGAUCCAAAUAUGUGGCAGGACAAGAAGCUUCGAAAUUUAUGUUAUGUUUUUGAACAACCUUUCCUUAAGAAGGACAUGAAUACGACAGUAUUUAUGAUACACUUAACAUGGAUGGGAUGUCAAUAUAAGCACCUGCAAAUUAAAAUUGAUAUGGUUCCUGUUAUCAGAAAGCCAGCUUGGUGGCCGAUAGAUCCAUAUUCCCUAACACUGAUGUCACCGGAGAUCCACGAUGCUGGAUGUCUCCUGAUGCUUGAUACCAAGGAUGAACUUCAGACAUUCACCUCAGACUACUUAAAAGAAUUCACCAUGGACAGCAUAAACCGCAUCGAACCCAUUUCAACCAGUCUGUUGGUCUCUACUGCUCCGGCUGAAAUCCGUUUGAUGCAGUCACUUCCAAAGAGAAUUCGUGAAAGCUAUGUAGCCGCUAAAUUGCUGGUUAACAUGUGUAGAGAAGAUGAUUUUACAAGUUAUAUGUUAAAAAAUUGUACCUUUUAUGUCCUGCGGGAUCUAGGAUGGGACCCUAAUGAACCAGAGGGAUUUGACACAGAUUUGUCCGCACGAGAGCUGACAAUUUUGAUCUUUAAGAAAUUCUUGAAAUUUAACAAGGAAGGCUGUUUACCAAGAUUCUUUCUUCCUGAAAUCGACAUAUUUCUGGAAGAUGAUGAUCGUCUUGACCAAAGAUCAAGAAGACGAGCAGCAUACAGCCUUUUGAUAAUAAUGGGAGAUGAAGAUGCAUCUCUUGAUAAAUUGGCCUAUGAUAGUGAGAGCAAUGAUGAUAGCGAGGACACUGAAAGUGAUCUCAGUGAUAGUGAUUAG